GCACUGGGAGCUGAGACGAGGAGGAGCUCCCGUUCAAAGCGGAGGGCUGCUGAUCGCCAGGCGCAAGAGGAGCGGCCAGUCAGCUGGCUGUCACAGCUCCGCGCGGCCACACAUUGGCGCUCUGCUCCGCGCACAUAGACCCGAAGUCUCUGCCCCGGUGAAAGGUAGACCGACACUUGCAAAAACAACUGCAAGAUCGCAUUAUAAUUGGGGGCUUUUAAUCAAUCUGGAGGAAAAAGGUUUUGAGUGAUUUUGCGAUCUGCUGCGAGGAGAGGCUUUUUUAUCCCCCGACCGAAGCAUUCUCGUGGCUGCUAUUUAUGUCAAUUGGGGUUAGACAUCGGAGGGGAAGAUAUGAAAUUAGCCGUUUGCUGCCCUUGGAUCCUUUGCUGUCUCUUAGUGUGCAAGGUGUCGGCUGGCACCGAGUCCGCUCCAGAAUCAUCACUUACACCGAGAAUGAGCAAAGAGAGAUGGGAAGAGGCGAGACAAAGUCAAUACAGAUGUCUUAAUGUGUCCAACAAAGACAGUCAACAAAACAGAACCGUGGGCACCUUCUGCGGAAAAAUGUGGGAUGGCUUUUUGUGCUGGGAAGAAGCACCAGCAGGUACAUCUCGAACACAGAGAUGUCCCAGUCACCAUCCCGCUGGAUACAUGACUAAAUAUUGCGACCAAAGGGGUAAAUGGGUACAAACUGGAUCCACUUGCCAAGAAGCCUCAAAGGACAAAACCAAGGACGUUUACGAUGGUUUCAAGGACGUGAAAGAUGAACCAUCGAUAGAACAUACCAGAAACGUCGAAAAGAAAAUACUAGAGAACAAAGAAAAAUGCCUCAAGGAGAUUGAACAAGCUUCACCUCGUAAUGAAACAGGGUUGUUCUGCAGCCAUAUUUGGGACGGUUGGCUUUGUUGGGGUGACACCCCGGCACGAACCUUUGCCACGCAGAACUGCCCGGAUUAUUUUCUCAACUUUGAACCCUCGGGCCUGGCAAGUAAAUACUGCGGCGAGGACGGAGAGUGGUUUCGUCAUCCAGGGAGCGACAGAUUUUGGACCAACUACACCCUCUGCACGAGCAACGAUGAGAAGACGACCAGGAAGCAGAAGCUACUUGAGAGUGAAUACAAAUGUCUCCUGAAAAUGAGGCAAGACCCCGCCUUCAAUGAAUCGGGACCGUACUGCAGUCGGAACUGGGAUGGCUGGCUGUGCUGGGACGAUACCGUCGCAGGAACCUACGCCACCCAGAAUUGUCCAGAUUACUUGUCGUAUGCAGAACCCACAGAAAAGGUGAGCAAGUACUGCGGAGAGGAUGGGCAAUGGUAUCGCCACCCAGAGUCUAAUAUCACAUGGACCAACUUUACACUCUGUGCCGUCGACAUUCAGGAAAAGCUGGAGGGGGCGAGUGCACAGCUCUCAGGUGACACGGAGCAAGACUUUGGUGACAAGGCCACUGUGGUGGACCCGGAGGAACAGGCCCCCUGGAGGAAUCAAGUCCUUGACAGCCAGUACAAAUGCUUUGAAAAAAUGAAGAACGACCCUCCUUAUAACAAAUCAAAAGUGUACUGCAGUCGCACCUGGGAUGGCUGGUUGUGCUGGGGGGAUACACCGGCAGGAACCUACGCGUCCCAAAACUGCCCAGAUUAUUUUGUUGACUUUGACCCUACAGAAAAGGCAACCAAGUACUGUGGGGAUGAUGGGCAGUGGUUUCGCCACCCUGACAACAACAGAACCUGGUCAAACUACACACCCUGCAAUGAAAACACGAAAGCAAAGUUGAAGUCUGCGUACAUCCUGUUUUACAUGGCUAUUGUGGGUCAUGCCCUAUCCAUAGCCUCCCUGCUCAUCUCCUUGGCCAUCUUCUUCUACUUCAGGAGUCUGAGCUGCCAAAGGAUCACGCUGCACAAGAACCUUUUCUGCUCCUACGUGCUCAAUUCUGCCCUGACCAUCCUCUACCUCGUCGCCGUCGUCAACAAUCCUCAAGUAGUGGGCAGAAAUCCUGUAGGCUGCAAGGUGUUGCACUUCUUCCACAUGUACAUGCUGAGUUGCAAUUAUUUCUGGAUGCUCUGUGAAGGAAUCUACCUGCACACGCUCAUCGUGGUGGCUGUUUUUGCAGAGGAGCAGCAUUUGCACUGGUACUACCUCCUUGGCUGGGGUUUCCCACUCGUGCCUGCAUCCAUCCAUGCUGUAGCGAGAACAACAUUUUUUGACGACUACUGCUGUAUGAGCGUGGAAACACAUUUGCUUUAUGCAGUCCAUGGUCCUAUAAUGGCAGCACUCCUUGUGAAUCUCUUCUUCUUGCUCAACAUCAUCAGAGUGCUGGUCACCAAACUGAGAGACACACACCGUGCUGAGUCCAACAUGUACAUGAAGGCUGUGAGAGCCACGCUGAUCCUGGUGCCCCUUCUGGGAAUCCAAUUUGUCAUUUUACCCUGGAGGCCGGAGAACAGGCUGGCGGGAGAGGUCUAUGAGUAUAUCAUGCACAUUUUCAUGCACUACCAGGGCUUACUGGUGGCAACCAUAUUCUGCUUCUUCAAUGGUGAGGUGCAAGCCGCUCUGAAGAGACAGUGGAUGCAGUAUAAGACCGAGUGGGGUCAGAGGCGAAAGGACCACUGCUCGAUGCGCUCCACGUCGUACACGGCCACCUCCAUUUCAGAGGUCCCUCCCUUUAUGUACCACCAAGACGGCAACAGUGAACACUUGAACGGGCGCCACUCGGACGACUCUGAACUGGUGGCGCUGAAAAUGGGCGAGAUCCCCUGAGCAGUACAAGACGGCAACCUUGUAGCGUUUGUCGUCAAACCCUACAAGGUUGAGACAGAAUCUUGGAGGCUAUCUUGGUUAGCGCUGCGGCAUUAAUGUGAACGAGGGCUUCAAAGAGCGGCUGACAAGGAGAGAGAGUCACUUCGAUCACUUUGUUGCAGCUGCUUAGUGACAAUGCCCAAAGUGGUUUUGAGACUUUCGACGAGUCAACUUUAUCGCGCUGGCGGCAAGGAGAAACGACUGUGACGACAAUGUAAUCUGUAAGCGGGGAUGUGAUGAUGACACAGUGAUGCGACUGUGGUGAUCAUCAACCGCAAUUGAUUGACACAAUCCUUUUUUAUUCUCACCUAAUACACCAAAGGGUAGACGAUGCAGGUCAAAAACUAGAUGGGGACGUUCUGUGUCCGAGUGAGCGCAGAUGUGGUAUCCUAUCACACACACACACACACACACACACACACACACACACACACACACACACACACACACACACACAC